UAAUAUUAAAUGAAAACUACGUAAAAAAAAAAACAGUCUCCUAUAAGCGUAACCUCCCUCGCUCUCUCUCAUUUCCAAAUCACACCAGGUGGGCUGAAUAGAGGAAGAUCUGAUGUACUUGCUGGUGGAUCUUAAUUAUACACAAGAUCAUGAUGGCCCUUGAAAAUAAAGAAACUAUGCAAAGGAGCUGUGAGGCCUCCUUAAAAUGCCUCCAAAUCAAGGGAUUCCCUUGUGGGAAUACCUUUGAAAGCCUUCCUAGGUUUAAAAAAGAAAUUGGUGCUCACCUAGGCGGGGAUGUUGUUGAACCAGUUCACUCACUAAGCAGCGAGUUUCUUGAACUUCCAAGUGAAUUUCAGAACAAACCUGCCUACCAUCAUGAUUCUGGCUCAUGGUCUACCUUUUAUCCAGACUCUCAAAAGAUGCCGCCAUGCCAAAUGAAUUGUUUUGAAAGCCAAUUUUAUCCCUUUCCUUUGGAGACUCAAUUUCAGUAUGCUCCUUCUAAUAUUUUUUCUCAAGGUUAUCCAUGUGAGAUCCAGUUACAAGAUUUUCAGUAUUUUGUGGUCAUAGACUUUGAGGCUACUUGUGACAAGGAAAGAAAUCCUCAUCCACAAGAGAUAAUUGAGUUUCCAUCUGUCAUUGUGAGUAGUGUCACUGGCCAACUAGAAGCAUGUUUUCAGACAUAUGUGCGGCCAACAUGCAAUCAGCUCUUGAGUGAUUUCUGCAAGGAUCUGACUGGUAUCCAGCAAAUCCAGGUGGACAGAGGUGUUACUCUUAGUGAGGCACUCCUCAGGCAUGAUAAAUGGCUUGAGAAUAAAGGGAUAAAAAAUACGAGCUUUGCUGUGGUGACAUGGUCGAACUGGGAUUGUCGGGUGAUGUUGGAAUCUGAGUGCCGAUUCAAGAAAAUCAGGAAGCCUCCUUAUUUUAAUCGAUGGAUCAACUUAAAAGUUCCUUUCUGUAAAAUAUUUGGUGGUGCCAGAUCUCUGAAGGAGGCGGUUGGGAUGGCAGGCCUAGAAUGGCAGGGCCGUGCUCACUGUGGAUUGGAUGAUGCCAAAAAUACUGCUCGGCUGCUUGCCCUGCUCAUGCAUCGGGGUAUCAGAUUCUCCAUCACCAACUCACUGAUGUGGAACACAACUGACAUUUCAUUGCCAUGCAAGCAGUCCCCUGAGAACCUGUCCUUUUCACCACAUCAACCCCAAAAGCUGAAGGAAAUGUGUGUUCCUGUUUUCCCGUAUCACCCCUUUUGUUUCUGUGGGGUGAAAAGCAGCAAGGGAAUGGUUCGAAAGCCUGGACCGAAGCAAGGUAGCCUGUUCUUUGGUUGUGGCAACUGGACUGCCACUAGAGGUGCACGCUGUCAUUACUUUGAAUGGGCAUCUCCUUGACUAAGAUUAUGGAAAACCUGUUUAGCUUUGGACUCCGCAUCCUAUAUUCUGUCGGGAUGCACUGUGAAAAAAAUGACAUAAAAAAAAAGGAAGAUUGAAAGUAAUGUAGUAGGUUGUCUCCUAGUGAACAAAAUAUAAAUAGUUGGCUCAAUUGGUGGAGGGUUUGGGAAACAUCAGAGCGGGAGGAGAGCUGCAACCUGUAAAGCUGACUUGUUGACUGGAGAACAAAUUGGUAAAUGUUUGAUGGGUAGUUAGGAUGAUGCUUUUUACAUGCAUGGACAUGCUAAGUUAUUGUUAUGAUAAAUAACCCGUGAGAUAGGGACAAUUCGAUUUCCUAUGCAUCUCUAAUGGGAGCGGAUAGAGUUGCUUGCCCAAAUUUCUC